AUGAUACAACUGAUGUUAAAGGACAAGAUUUUAAACCUUUACAUACAAAUACAAGACGAAUUUUUAAAUGAAUUUAUUUGUUAUAAUGAAAAACAACAACGUAAACGUGAUGUUGAUAUAACAUUUUUAUCAUCAGAUCUUAAAAUAGUUCAAAAACAAUUACAAAAAGCUUCAGCUUUGUAUUAUAUUGCCUACACUGAAGAAAAUGAAGAUAAUCAUGAUUAUUUAAUCAAAUCAAAAUCAUUUACUUGGAUAAUGUGGAAUUUUUUAUGCAAAAUACGCUUAUGUAAACAAUGUAUUCAUCAUUUAUCAUCAUCAACAAUAUUUAAAUCAUGUAAAUCUUAUUAUACAAUAAUGGCAAACGUUAAAUCGCGUCAUGUUUCAAAUUAUGAAACAGCAAAAACAAAUUUAUAUACAUAA